AUGCGAUGGGCUAUGGACAUCGUCGGACCGCUCACGAGAUCCCGCCAGAAACGUUUCAUCCUGAUCGUCACAGAUUACUUCACCAAGUGGGUCGAAGCCGAAUCAUACGCCGACAUCAAGGCCGUAGACGUUGAGAAAUUCGUCUGGAAGAAUAUCAUCUGUCGGCACGGCCUCCCCUACGAGAUCGUCACGGACAAUGGUCCCCAGUUCAUAUCGGCAACGUUCGAGAAAUUCUGCGCAAGUUGGAACAUCCGCCUCAGCAAGUCGACUCCCCGAUACCCACAAGGGAACGGCCAAGCCGAAGCCACGAACAAAACGAUCCUCGCCGGAAUCAAGAAACGGCUCGAGGAUAAAAAAGGAGUUUGGGCCGACGAGUUAGAUGGAGUACUAUGGUCCCAUCGAACGACGCCGCGCCGAUCGACGAACCAGACGCCUUUCUCUCUCUCUCACGGAAUCGAGGCUAUGUCUCCAGCCGAAGCGACGAUACUGGGCCUCCGCCGAACCCAUCUCCCGAACGACGCCCGACUAAACAGCAGCAUGAUCAAGGACUCGCUCGACUUCGCCGAAGAGCACCUAGACCAGGCCCUCCUCCGGAUCCAGAACUACUAG